AGGAGCGUGUGGGCGGAGCUAUCAGCAGGCGCACUGACUGCACGUCGCAGGGAAACGGAUAAGUAACCUACAUUAUCUAAUAAUUCAUAUACAGAGCAUUUUAACAUGAUUAAAAACACACAUCGUGUCACUUAUGCAUUCCUCAUCAUGAAAACACUUGCUGGAUAACACUGAGUCGAACAUGUUAACAUUCAUGGUUGUUUUAAUGUAUUUUUAGAUCUGAGGUAAAUUAUCCAUUGUCGCCUUCAUGUCCAUACAGAAUUAUAGUCUACCGUCGAGGUUUUGCGCCUGCUAGCUGUUAUAUGAGUGUACACAGUGAUUUCCUGGAAACCCUGUCAGGACAGCAGAGGGAGCCUGUGGUGGAUGGAGAACUUCUGCUCGCCUCUCUUCUUGGUCCAAACAAAGGAUUGAGGGAUGGGGAAUUCCUUCAUGGCUUAUUUAGGGCUACUAUCCCACCCCCUUCUCAUAUAAAUGAGAUCCAGAGCUGAAUGAAAGCAAGAUCACUAACUCAUUUUCACUCCCUUGGAGCACUUGGAAAAAUUCUUCAUAAGUGUACAACAUGGAUACAGCUUUCUUGCUGACUUUGCUUUUGCCAGUUGCAGUUGUUUCCCACACGCUGGAGCUGCCGCGCAGUGUUCAAUUUAAAGUGGGCGACAGGAAUGAGCUGAGAUGCAGGAUGUUAUCUUGCCCAGAGAAGGUGAAGUUUGUCUGGACCGCGUUAGGAGACAAACCGAUUUUUGCCACUCCAAAGACGGGGGAUAAAGAAACUGUCCUGAUCUUUGACAAUGUGACGAAGAAUCACGCCAACGCCAUAGUGUGCAGAGCUGCCUGCGGAAAAGAGAUGAAAGAAUUGACCACACAGGUUAAUGUUUACUCUUUUCCAAGAAACCCAGUUAUAUCCGGAUAUGAUCACUUGAUAAUGGGCAAGGAAAACAUUUUGUCCUGUGAAGUGUCUUCUGUGUACCCGUCGGAGUACUUUGAUGUGGAGUGGUUAUAUGAAAACAGGGUUGUUCAUAGGGAGAGUGGAGACUUUGAUAAAGAUGCUGUUUCCAUUCCUUACACAUUUACACCUUCAAGUGAGGACGAUGGAAAGGCAAUAACUUGCAGAGCAUCCCUCAAUAUUGAAGGUGUACCACCCGAAGAGAAGACCAAGGAGACGUCUAGACACAUCAAAGUACUUUCUGCACCGCAUAACGUUGAAGUAUCUGGAGAGACCGCAGUCUCACUGGGAUCCAGUUUAACUUUGACCUGUGAGGCUGAAGGCAAUCCAAAGCCUGCUUUUACAUGGACGGCUCUUAAACCAGAUGGCCAUUCUGUGGAACUGGGAAAACAGCGAGAUCUCUUCAUGCAUAAUGUGUCCUUAUCAGAUGCUGGAACUUACCAGUGUAAUGUUAGCAAUGACUUGGGAAACCAGAUGGUCAACGUUUCAGUGGUCGUUCAAGCACCUCCUGUGGAUACUCGCAUUGUAGCAAGUCCACAGUCAAGUCUGAACGAAGGAGAUUCUGUGACCAUUUUCUGCAAGUCCAGUGGGGUUCCUGUGACACGUGUGGUCCUUAGUAAUGUUGCAAAAACUAUACUAAAAACCAAAGAAGGAGCUGAGACAUCAGUUACCAUUGACUCCGUCAAGCUAUCCGACACGGGCAUGUUUGUUUGCGAGGCUUUCAAUGAGUAUGGCAGUCAGAGGACCACUCUUAAUCUAAAUGUUGAGGCUCAUUUGCUGGAAGUGGAGCUACAACCAAAUGGCACGGUGGUGUCCGACAGAGGCUCCAGUUUGGUGCUGUCUUGUCAGGCUUCAGGUUGCCCUCAUCCCGAGUUCUCCUGGAAGAAUCUUUCAAACAUGUCAGUCCACAGGCAACCUAAAACUGAUGGCUCUCUGUCCCAGCUGCUCUUUGAUCCGGUGGAGGUGGAGGAUGAGGGAACUUACGUCUGUGAGGUCACAUGUGGCUCAAUCAAGAAGUCCAAGCAGACGGAAGUGAAGGUGUUUUCAUUUGCAACAUGUCCUAUCGUAAAAAGUUCUGGACCUUCCCUGGCAGGAGAGAGGAUGAAAUUGACCUGCACUGUUCAAGACGUAUUCCCUGUCAACCUUUUCCAAAUUCUGUGGCUGGAUGGAGAAAGAGAAAUCUGGAGAGAGGAAUCUCAGUCAUUUUCAAGUGGAUCAACAGAUCUGACUUCGGUUUAUUCUUUACAAGUAGACGCCGAAGACCAGGACAGACAUAUCACCUGCAAGGUCUUGCUGGACAUGCAUGGUGUGCCACCUUCACAAGUAGUGAAGACUGCAUUUACUACAUUGUCCAUUCACUAUCCCCCUAGAGCCACAAGGAUUAUUGCAAGCCCACUGACAAAGUUAAAGGAGGGAGAACCUGUGAGCUUUUCUUGCCUUUCUGACAGCUUUCCUGCAGGGCGUAUGGUGCUAAGCAGGGUUGUGGAUGGCAUACGAACAGAGCUAAAGACCAUUGAUGGGGUUGAAACUUUAUUUACCCUACCUUCGGUUACGCUGGAUGAUGCUGGCAUCUACGUUUGUGAAGCUUCUAAUAUUUAUGGGAAUCACAGCGACAGUCUGGAGAUUACCGUGAAAGCACCUCCCAGGAAUACGACAGUGGAGAUCUUCCCAUCCACAAAUGUUCAGGAGGGGCAGAAUAUCACCAUCUGUUGUCGCUCCGUGAGUUUCCCUCCACCUGCGGUGGUCCUCAGCAAGCUGGAUAGCGAGACAAACAUCUACUCCCUUGAUGGUGUCUUUAUACUAAUGAACCUCACUCCAAAUGACACAGGCCUAUAUCAGGUCAAUGUCACAAACGACCUGGGUUACGAAACAGAGGUUUUCAAUAUCAAUGUGAUAGAGAAAAGAUUGGACUCUCCAUUGGGUUGGACUGACUUUUUAACCCUAGCCAUUUUCUUGGGAGGUUCUGCUGCUCUGCUUGGUCUUGUGCUGUAUGUGUGGAGAGAAAGAAAGAAGGGGUUUUAUGAUCUUACGAAGGGCAUUAUAUAAACAAUGAAUAGACUCCAGUAAGUGUUUCAGAAGCAGCUAAGCUGUCGUAUCAGGGCCCCGGGGCCCCCUAAAGUGAGAACUGCAGGUGACUGGAUUGAUCAUCUGAAACUUCAGGUGAAAUUAAUACCUGAGUCCGCUGUGAACCUGCAGUCUCCACAGGCAGAGAUCAUCAAUGUUCCUGGGAUUUGCUUGCUCAGAGGAGGUAACUGAACUGGUGUGGUUCGUUCUCGUUCGUUGUAUGUUGGGAGAUCUUUGAGACCCCCUGUUUUGCACUUAAAGCAGUUUUAAAUAUAAUUGAAAUUUGGGAUACAAACUGUGAAACAUUAGCAUUGUAACCUAGCCACAAAAUUUGGUACAUUUUAGAUCACAACAAUCAGUUUGCUGUACUCAAGUUGACAACACAAACAAAUUCUGUAUUUAAUUCAGUGUGGUGAUUGUAUCAAAUGUUUUCAUUUUGAUAUUUAUUAAACAAAACAGCUUUGUCAUUUGAUCCGAGAAAGCGUUAUGGGAAAAUCCAGGGAAAUUCUCAGCAUCUGAUAUGGCUUCGCUUUUACAUUUCACUUUUACUUCUCGUUCUUCCCGCUGUAUUAUCUGUGAAAGCGCAUAUUCACUUAUCAGUACAAGCCGUUUCCUAAAUUCCAACAAGACAGGAACAAGUUGAUCAAAAUAAGCGCUAAACACACCCUCCAAAAAUAAACUACUCCACAGUUGUGCUCUGGUCCUUCAAAGACCAAUCAGAAGAGAGACCCUCAGAAAAAAACAUCUCUUUCUUCUUCCCUUUUAUUUUAGCCCUGCACAUUAACACCAACUGAUUCAAAAUCGAGUUCCUUGUUCCUUUUUUAGAGUCUUGUAUUGAUUUUCUUUUAGUCUGUGGUCCUAUAAAAGGCUGUUGCCAUGGUAACCAUCCAGAUGCAAUGGGAAAAGGGGGUGGGUUGUGUUUUUAUGUUCCACAGGGAAAAGAAGGAGAGGCAAAGGUGUGAAUGGAACAAAGAUGGAAGGUUCACCCUUUUCCUUUUCUAGCCUCUACACAUUAAAUCUAAUACAGCCAUUAUGAACAACCAGUAAUGUGCCAAAUAUGUAGUCUGCAAUCAUAGUUGUGUCUUCACUUGGACAUUAGGUUUCGAAAGAGAUGUAUGACUAACAAUAAUAAUGAUAAAUGAUCCACUUGAAUCCUGAUUUAUAAGUGUGUUUUCCAGUAAAGCUCUUAGCACAUCCUUA